UCACAGUGUUGGAGCCGCUCUCUGCGCCCGCAGCAGCCGACUGGGGAUGACCACGGGCGGGAGGACUCGGUAGCGGAAGGGUCCCGGACUCCCCGCCUGGCUGGCUCGCCGCAGGCCGCCUUCUGCCUUUUGAUUUUAAACAUUUUAGGGCUCUUUUUAUUUUUUUAUUUUUAUUUUUCCUUUCCGUCUCUUUCCCCUCUGCCUUCGGGUUCCAGCAGAGUCGAGGAAGCCCACCGAAUACGAAAGGAAGUGGGUCGGGGCUUGGAAGCUCCUCCGCAGCCGGCGAGCCUUAGGCUUCGAGGGGGCGGGAGCCGGCGCGCACUAGUUGCGGGCGGGGAGCGCGGUCGCCCUCCUUACUCUCUUUUCUCAUUUGUUUUGAUCGGUUUGUGCAACGAUCUUGUCGGCACUGGUCUUCUCUCUUUUUUCAUAUUUGGUAGCUCUCCACCGCCUGGCUUUUGCUUUAUGCUCUCCCACCCCUCCCCCUUUUUAUUUUUCUUUCUCCGUCUCUUGGAGCACAAUUCCAAACAUUUUCCAAACCAACAAAGAAAAAGUUCGCACGCUGGCACGGCGGCCAGGACAGGCUGGCGGUCUGCUGCGGGUUCCCCCUACCCUUCCCUGGACACUUGACUCAACUUUGCACACGAUUGUGUAGAGUGUGUGGAUAGGUGGGUGGGAGAGUGAGUCCCCCACCCCCGCCCCUGAAACUUCCAUAGCAAAUAGCAAACAUCCAGCUAGACUCAAUCGCGCAGCCCCUCCCGGCGGGCAGCGCACUAUGCGGCUCGAGUGGGCGUCCCUGCUGCUGCUGCUGUGCGCCUCCUGCCUGUCCCUGACCGCUGACAGCCCCACCACGGCACCUGCCCAGGAUAAAACAAGGCAGCCUCAGACUGCUGCAGCGGCCGCCCAGUCCAGCCAGCCGCAGGGGGAGGAGAAGCAGGAGUUGGACCGUCUGAACCUGCUGGCCAGGCAGCGCAGGAGCAGCGGGUUGGUGCAGAAUAUAGACCAGCUCUACUCUGGAGGUGGCAAGGUGGGCUACUUUGUCUAUGUGGGCGGCCGAAGGUUCCUGCUGGAUCUGGAGAGGGAUGACUCAGUGGGCACCGCUGGUGGCAUCCUUACCGCAGGAGGAGGACUGAGUGCAUCGUCUAGCCACCGGGGUCACUGCUUCUACCGGGGUACCGUGGAUGGCAGCCCUAGAUCCCUAGCUGUCUUUGACCUCUGCGGGGGUCUCGACGGCUUCUUCGCUGUCAAGCAUGCGCGCUACACUCUGAAGCCGCUCCUGCGUUCCUGGGCAGAGGCAGAGGCCAGACGAGUGUACGGGGAUGGGUCUUCACGCGUCCUGCACAUCUACACCCGCGAGGGCUUCAGCUUCGAAGCCCUGCCACCACGCGCCAGCUGUGAGACUCCCGCGUCCCCACUUAGGCCUCAAGAGCGCCCCUCGGUGCACAGUAGUUCUAGGCGACGCACAGCUCUGGCCCCACAGCUCCCAGACCAGUCAACUUUCUCACCCGCUGAAGAUGCAGUUCCUCAGACUUGGUGGAGGCGGAGGCGCCGUUCCAUCUCUAGGGCCCGCCAGGUGGAGCUCCUUUUGGUGGCCGACUCCUCCAUGGCGAGGAUGUAUGGCCGGGGCCUGCAACAUUACCUGCUGACCCUAGCUUCCAUCGCCAACCGGCUGUACAGUCAUGCUAGCAUCGAGAACCACAUUCGCCUGGCCGUGGUGAAGGUGGUGGUGCUGGCCGACAAGGACAAGAGUCUGGAGGUGAGCAAGAAUGCCGCCACGACCCUCAAGAACUUUUGCAAGUGGCAGCACCAGCACAAUCAGCUAGGCGAUGACCAUGAGGAGCACUACGACGCAGCUAUCCUGUUCACCCGAGAGGAUUUAUGUGGGCAUCAUUCAUGUGACACCCUGGGAAUGGCAGACGUUGGGACCAUAUGUUCUCCGGAGCGCAGCUGUGCUGUGAUUGAAGAUGAUGGCCUCCACGCAGCUUUCACUGUGGCUCAUGAAAUUGGACAUCUACUUGGCCUCUCCCAUGAUGAUUCCAAAUUCUGUGAAGAGAAUUUUGGUUCCACAGAGGACAAGCGUUUAAUGUCUUCAAUCCUCACCAGCAUUGAUGCAUCCAAGCCGUGGUCUAAAUGCACUUCAGCCACCAUCACAGAAUUUCUGGACGAUGGCCAUGGUAACUGUUUGCUCGAUCUGCCACGGAAGCAGAUUCUGGGUCCUGAGGAGCUCCCGGGACAGACCUAUGAUGCUACCCAGCAGUGCAACUUGACAUUUGGGCCUGAAUAUUCUGUGUGCCCCGGCAUGGAUGUCUGUGCCCGGCUGUGGUGCGCUGUGGUGCGCCAAGGCCAAAUGGUGUGCCUGACCAAGAAGCUGCCUGCCGUGGAGGGGACGCCCUGUGGGAAGGGCAGAAUCUGCCUGCAGGGCAAAUGUGUGGACAAAACGAAGAAAAAAUAUUACUCAACAUCAAGCCAUGGAAACUGGGGGUCCUGGGGCCCCUGGGGCCAGUGUUCUCGCUCGUGUGGGGGAGGAGUACAGUUUGCCUACCGCCAUUGCAAUAAUCCUGCACCUCGAAACAGUGGCCGCUACUGCACAGGAAAGAGGGCCAUAUACCGCUCUUGCAAUGUGACACCCUGCCCACCUAACGGUAAAUCUUUUCGUCAUGAACAGUGUGCAGCCAAGAACGGCCACCAGUCUGAUGCAAAGGGACUCAAAACAUUUGUGGAGUGGGUUCCCAAAUAUGCUGGUGUUCUGCCAGGAGACGUGUGCAAACUCACCUGCAGAGCCAAGGGCACUGGCUACUAUGUGGUCUUUUCUCCAAAGGUUACAGAUGGGACUGAAUGUCGGCCAUACAGCAACUCUGUGUGUGUCCGAGGAAGGUGCGUAAGAACUGGUUGUGAUGGCAUCAUUGGCUCAAAGCUGCAGUAUGACAAGUGCGGAGUAUGUGGAGGGGACAACUCCAGUUGUACAAAGGUUAUCGGAACCUUCAAUAAAAAAAGUAAGGGUUACACAGAUGUUGUGAGGAUCCCUGAAGGAGCAACUCACAUAAAAGUCAGACAGUUCAAAGCCAAAGACCAGACUAGAUUCACUGCCUACUUAGCCCUAAAGAAGAAAAAUGGCGAGUACCUUAUCAAUGGCAAGUACAUGAUCUCCACUUCAGAGACUAUCAUUGACAUCAACGGCACAGUCAUGAACUACAGUGGGUGGAGCCAGAGAGAUGAUUUUUUGCAUGGGAUGGGCUACUCAGCAACAAAAGAAAUUCUGAUUGUCCAGAUUCUUGCAACAGACCCAACUAAGGCAUUAGAUGUCCGUUACAGCUUUUUUGUUCCCAAAAAGUCCACUCAAAAAGCAAACUCUGUCAUUAGCCACGGUAGCAACAAGGUGGGAUCACACACAACACAGCUGCAGUGGGUGACAGGCCCAUGGCUGGCCUGCUCUAGGACCUGUGACACGGGCUGGCACACCAGGACGGUGCAGUGCCAGGAUGGAAACCGGAAAUUAGCAAAGGGAUGCCUUCUCUCUCAGAGGCCCUCUGCAUUUAAGCAAUGUUUGCUGAAGAAAUGUUAGCCUGUGGUUUGUUCUCAUGCACAAAGAUAACUGGAGGAUCGUCGUAGAGAUACUUGUGUUUGAAGACAAGGCCUACCCAAGGCAUAGAAAGUAGUGUCUGAGCAUCAUUGUCACCAGGAGUCGAAUUUUGGGCAGAAUCCGCUCUCUGCGACCAAAACAUGUACACUACUUCAUGUCAUGGUGGUGACCUUGGAUGCAGAAAACCUGGGAGGUAUGGAACAUCCCCGGGCCUACGCAAAGGAGACACACCAAGAUGAAUGUAGAACCGAGGACAAUUGAAGAUGGCAGAGAAGUUUUGUCACCUACCUCUUAUAGAAUGUCUUCAGAGGCAUCGUGAUCAUGUUCAGGCAUGAUACACAGCUUCCUUUUACUGUUUGUAAAUGCAUCGCCCUUGGAAUGUCACUUUAUAUACUUGGUUCUAUAUAUACAUGUAUGUAUGUAUGUAUGUAUGUAUAUGUAUAUUUCUAUAAGAAAGUAUUUGACCAAAGUAGGUCUGCAGCUAUUUCAACUUCUAGCUUCCAGAAAGAGCUGUGGAAGAUUUACUGGAAAUUAAGAACUUGCUGCUGUUAAAUAAGAUUUGUAUAUUGUCUGACUGCAGGAGAUAAUGUUUUAGUCAAAAAAACAUUUUGACAGCAUGCAUCUUCUGAGAAAUGCUAAAUGGAGAAAGGAUCUGUAUGUAUCUGGUCAUUUAAACGCAUCCUCAGGUCCACUACUCUAACCUUUGCCUGUCUGUAAUUUUUUCAGGCAGCCAGCCAAAUUAUUUUAUCAGUGUGGUGUAAAAAUUAUGGUUUCCUGUGUAUAUGUGAUCAAUAUCCAAGGGUCUUAAAAAAUUAGUUUGCUUGUAUUGGAAUUUAAAAGAAAAAAACAUGUCACUGUGUUUUUAGUUUAUAUUUUCACAACUGCUUACUCUCUGUGGCUCGCAGCUACUAGCGCACAAUGUGUAGCAGACAUACAGGACACACAGCCUCAAGUUAUCUGUCACAUCCAGCACCUUCACCACCAGCAUACCUCUUCUCGGCCAGCCUUUAAACCUGUUCGUGUCUGCUCGUUUGUUUUUCCCAAGGAUUGGAAGGGACUUCUGUUCUGUAUUAACUGGGUCUAACAGUAAUAUUAAAAUCACCUCAUGUUUAGUCUCAUCAAGAAGGAACAAUUGGUAUUAAUUCUAUUAAUUCAAGAAAUCAAACUCAUUAGCAUUAAUAAGACUGUUUCCACAUCAUAGAAAUCAUCUCAUAAUUUAAAAAUGUAAGCAUAUAUUCACUAUUUUAGAGAGUUUUCCCAGUUGUGAAGUGCUUGACUAUACCAACGAGUGUAUAAGUAAUGGAAUGUGAGGGUUUUCAGGAAGUCUCUUGCCUGUGCGGGAAGGUUGCAUAUUGAAAAUAUUUAAUAAUCAUAAGCAGAAAAUUUCCUUUAGACCACACACUGCACAACCCCCGAGAAAACUCACAUAAUAUAAUGUGUUUUUUCCUACUGGGAUUUUUUUCUUCUCCGUGAGAUAUUGCAAGCAAAUUGUUUUAUGUGAAUUUUAUAGCGAUCAUACCUAAUGUGCCUACUGUUAAGGGUUUGCAAACAAGGAUUUUAAGAAAUCCUGGCUGAAAUUUCACUAAAUGUAUUAAAACUUAUUUUAUUAUAGGAUAUUUUAAUAUAAAGAAUUAUGUAAUUGAUGAAUCUAUAUUACCUUUAUUUCAGCAGACCAGAAAGAAACCAAAAGGAAUUUUACUGUCUUUUUUUUUUAAAGAAAUUAUUUUGUGAAACAGAUCAAUGCUCUUCUAAACACAUCACUAUCCUUUAGAAUCUCACAAUCUGGUCUCUUUAUAUAAAGACAUUCAACCUAUACCAAACUGGUGGCUAAUAUUGAUUGAAUGUCUCUAGAUAUAGACUAGGGAAUGAAUCCAGUCAAACUGGUCAGAAAACAAAAGAUUAAAUAUCACAGUGAUUAUUUAACUGUACAAAGAGAAUGACUAGAGAGUUUAAGGUAAUUUUUUCCUGUUUAAAACAAUACAAACCAAGUAGUUCAAAUGUGACAAAAUUCAUAUUUUUAUCUUUUUUGGUUAUAUUAAAGAAUAAAGAGUAUACAUGAUUGUCACCCACUUCGCUUCCCCAUACAAUCUUCAUAGAUUUUAAGAAGAUUUUUCAGGGCUUUGCUUUUCUCUUCAAUCAUGAAGCUCUGCUCUUCACACUUGAAGAGCCCCAGAGAGGACAGAAAAACAAACCACUAUUGUAUGUCUGAAGGAAUUCUCUCUCCAUUUUAAAAGGAGAAUCCUCCAUUGAGGGGGGAAUGUAUAUAAAACUCCUAAGGAAAGAGAUGCAGCCAACUGAGAUUCAGAAAAGGGUGUCAGAGAGGGAAAGAGUGAUACGUGAUGGGGGUGAACGUGUGCUGUGUCUUCCAUCUCUCCAUUGUCUAUCUUGAAUUUUUUUAAAGACCUUGGGUUUAGAAUGAUGAAUAAAUGUGAGGGAAGACAACACUCAGAUAACAAAACUCCUCACCUCACUUGUAUAAAAGUCACUCUAGAAUAAGUUUUAUUAAGUACAAGAGAGCCCAAAAUAGAAGAGCACCUUGUCCUUUUUGAACAGAAAACAUCACAUGAACCCUCCUCAUUGCUUGGAAGCAUAAGAGCGUUGUUAUAAUGUAUUUAACAGAUUCAGCAUUCAUUGUCUUCCUGUGGAAACAGUUUUAAACUAAGAAUUGAGGGAUGAGUCACAAAUGAACAAAAAAAAAAGUUUCAGCACUGAAAAAUAAGUAAUUUAUUGUUUUUCCAACUGCUAUGUGAAUUUCUGUGAUGAAAUUAUUUAUUUUUAUUUAACAAAAAUUAUGUGCAAAUUCUUCUAUGUUUAAGAUGUUUUGCUAUUGUCCUAUUUUUUAAUUUAUGCUUCCUGUUUGUGUAUAAAGUGCACUUUGUGAGUUUAUAUACUAGACACUACUGGUGACUUUUGUAUUUUCUUUCUUUUUUAUAGAAAGCUUUCUGUGUGCAACAGGUGUAUGUGUGCACAUCCUCAUGUACUUGUAAUCUGCCACUCUCUUACAUUUAAUCUUCUGUGGCUCAUAGUGCUCCUUACUGCUAUUUUAAUAGGUCAUUUAAAUCUUAAUAACAUAGGGUUUUUUCAGGUCAUAAGUUUAAAAAUGCCUAUUUAAUCAAGCAAGUUGCAAGUUUUUAACGGGAGGACAUACACAACUUGCAAGUACCCCAGAGAAGUUAAGCCACAAAGGAGAAUCUGGUUUAAAACAGACCCAGUGGUACAGGCCUGCAAUAUCAACAGGAGGCUGAAGUAGGAGGAUCAUGAAUUCAAAGUCAGUCUGGGGUAUAUAGCAGAUCCUUAUCUGGGGAGAAGAAACAGACUCAGUUUUGUUCAUAUCACUGAUAAACACAUACAAGGGGCUGUUAGUGCAUUAUAUGAAAGAUAUGUACACCAGCUUCUACAUGAAUAGAGGAAAAAUAAAAACAAAAUCUUCCAGUUUUAGAAGCAUCUCCCCAAAAUACUCUGAAUUAGUAUCUUUUAUCUCUAGAGAUUGGAUAGAUGAUAUCAAACAAAAUGGGUUUGUGUGAUUCUGAUCGUAUGAGUGACUGCAUUGUCUAUGGGUAUAGAAGGACACUGCAGAAUUGACAUUUUAUAGCUGUCCAUCUGUCCAGAGUGAUAAGACCUGGAAUUAGCAGGAAAAGCUCUGGUAAAAGCAGCUCAUCUGUGAUUGAUUGCACAAGCCAGUUGUAGCAAUAAGGCCAAGCUCUCUUGGACCCACUGUGCAGCUCAUUGGGUCAACCCUGACUUUGAUGUUCAUCCAUUAAUACCUUCUUUGUUAGCAAGAAAACCACAUGAGUGUAACAAGCAAGAACUAUAGGCUGGUUUGGAAGUCCAAGGUGUUCACUCUGAUUACAGCUCAUUGUUAGACAUAUGUGAAGUACAACAAACAGUUCUACAAAGAGUUGAGAACUCUGUGAAACAGCGCUGCCAUAAUGUAUAAAUUUACAUUACAGUUAUGUUUAGAUUUCAUGGCUACAAAAUAAAAGAAAGAACUGUAAGAGCAAACCAGAUCAUUCAAGACAGAUGCAAAACAAUAUUUAAAGAGUUUCAUCACUCAAACACACAGAAAAGAGCUUUUAUGGUUUCUAUAUUAAUUUUCUCAAUGACCAACAAUGUAUAGUUCUCGAGAAUCAAGCAAGAAGAUCAGUCUGAACAGUUAGCUAAAAUGUGCUAAAUAAUUUCUUAUUAACAUGACAUGGCUUGCUGAAUCAUAUCACCACAAAGCACAUUGCUUUAUAAUCAACCUGUAAGUCUAUUCAGUCAAACUGCAGGGACAUACUGCAAUAUGAGUCCAUGCAUUUUUCAAUCAGUACACAGGAAUACAAACAUUCAAAUUAGUAAUAAAAAAAUCCACGUAACAAAUUCUUGGUGUGGAAUAUAAUUCUAAUGCAAGAUAUAAUGAGGAUAUAUAGGGAAUAUAAUGAGGCAUUUAUUUAUGUUGGGAGAGAAUAAGACUUUGACAUGCAUAUUAUUAGUACACCCAGUUAAUUGUUAUCUAUACCAACACCUUUUCAAUAUGUUUUCUCUCUAGUCCUUAACUUAUGGUUCUACAAAUCAGCAUGUGUGGACCGCACAGAAUAAGGGAAAAUAUAAUACUGCCCCAUCUGAUCCAUCACCCUGCAAAGCAACACUCCCAGUGACUCAGGAAUUUAACUCCUAGGAAACCUGUCCUCAGAACAAACUGUUCAUUUCGCUUUCCUUUCCCUUGUCCAGUGAAAAACUGUUAUUGUAACAGAGGUGCUAAUAUCUUUAGUGGUUAACUGUCAAAUACAGUAUCUCUGACUUAAUUUUUCAUUUCAAUAAGAUUCUACAAUUUACAUGAUAGUUCUCUAAUCUGUUUGUCAAGGCCAGGCACAAUUUACUCUUCAGAGUUUGGGAAGACAGCACAUGUAAUGUCCAUUUUAACCAAAGGUAAAUCUGAGGGUACUUACAAUGUUAUCAGAACUUGAAAAGAGACAAACGAGCACUUGGUCUUGGUAUUUCUGAAUCCCUAUGCUGUCAACAGUCUCUUGAAAUAUGUGUGUGUGUCUUCUUUGUAAACCUUGUAAUAUGUCAUGACAUAGUCAAUAUUUAAUGUCUGUUUCUCAACCUCUUCUAAGCUUUGCAUCAGAAGUACUGGUACCUAUACAGAGAGGAUAUUUAGAAUAGGGCUACUCACCAAUGUGUAGCAUUGUAAGUUAUAGUUCUGACUGAGGGAUGCGUGGUCUUUUCAUGUUAGUUCUGCAUUGUGCAUUCAGAUGUGGCACGGACAUUGCUGGUUCUUCUUGCUACAAUCACGAAUUAGCAAACACCACUUGCAUUUUAGUAGUGGCCUAGUGACUGAAUGGUGAGAAGUCUUGAGAGUAGACAUUGCAAGUAGCUAAGUCAAUGACAGAAGUCCAUCCUAUGUGCAUGAGCAGUGGUACCAAUGCUGAAAUUCUAUAUUGAUGUAUAUAAGUAAAGCCAAAUAAUAAACCUGGAUAAUAAGUACA